AAAACCUAUGUACAAGCCUAAACCGCUUAAUUUACAACCGAGUACGAGCUUUCUCAAGUGUCAGACAAGACUAUCAGUCAAUGAGAUCAUUGAUCUUAUCAAACUAAAGGAAGUAGAGGUCGAUUAUGACUUUGUAUGUUCUAAAGUACAAGUUGAAAAUGUGAUUCAAUUAAAGGGAAAAUCCAGCCAUUUGCCCAAAGAAAUUGUCUCGCAGGCACGAUCAAAGAGUAAUCCAUUUGAAAGGAUAGGCCACGGUGUCUUUAUGAAUCGAGCUGCUAUGAAAUUGGCUGCUAUGGACGCAGAUUUUGGCUUGACUGCAACAAAAGGUAGCAAUCAGUUUAAAUUUCUUGACAUUUGCGGUGGACCUGGUGGAUUUUCAGAGUAUAUCUUAUGGAGGAUCCAUAGCUGGGGAGAGUCCUGUCAUGGAUAUGGUAUUACCUUAAAGAUGCCAGCAGAGAAAGACGAGAUGAAUUGGCACACAGAAAAGUUUCGAGUGGAUAUUCCAAAAGACAGCUUUAGUAUCAUCUAUGGUCAAGAUGGUACAGGUGAUCUAUACAAACCAGAGAAUAUAAGAGAUGUUGAAUCAUUGAUCAGCAAAGAAACACAAAAUGGAGUAGACUUGGCAGUAGCUGAUGGAGGGUUUGAUUUUUCUGGACAUGAAGCAGAACAAGAACAGUUGGCCCAGAAGCUCAUAUUAUGCGAAAUCAUUACGAUGCUAUCAACUCUAAGGCAGGGCGGCGCCUUUGUAUGCAAAUUUUUUGAUAUGUUCACCGAGUUCACUGUUGACCUCGUUUGGUUAUUGUAUCAACUAUUUGACGAAAUUUGCAUUACAAAGCCAUUGAGUAGUCGACCUGCCAAUUCGGAACGCUAUGUCAUCUGCCGUAAUUUACUCGUCAGCCAUCCUACCGACCUUAUCGAGAAACUACUGGAUAUCACUACCAAGAUAGGUGAUAAGCAAUUCCAGUUAAUUUCGCGUGACAUAUUGGACAAAGAUGAGGAUUUUAUUGAUUAUGUGCGCAUGAGGAACAUCAAGUUUAUCGUUCAACAGACAGACUCAUUAGAGCAAUUCGACAUGUUUAUCCAAAACCCGUAAGUUUAUUAUAUUUCUUGAAUUUGUCAUGCCAAGUCUUUCUAUAUAGGCAACUCCGUCUUAGGCCUUUGGUGAUUCUUCC